CGGAGGCGACGAGGCUAAAUUGCAGUCUCUCCGUCCCUACCUCCUCCCACCAAAGAAGAAGAAGAAGAAGAAGAAGAAGAAGAAUAGCUCGGAUCUUUGGCCAUGGAGAACGGCUCUUCUUCGUCAUCGUCCGUGCCGAGCACUCCCCUGCUCAAGGACGAGCUUGACAUCGUGAUCCCGACGAUCCGGAACCUGGAUUUCCUGGAGAUGUGGCGCCCCUUCUUCCAGCCUUACCACCUCAUUAUCGUCCAGGACGGUGAUCCCAGCAAGAUCAUCAGGGUGCCCGACGGCUUCGACUACGAGCUCUACAACCGCAACGACAUCAACCGCAUCCUCGGCUCCAAGGCCUCCUGCAUCUCCUUCAAGGACUCUGCCUGCCGCUGCUUCGGAUACAUGAUCUCCAAGAAGAAGUACAUCUUCACCAUCGACGAUGACUGCUUCGUAGCGAAAGAUCCAUCUGGCAAGGAGAUUAAUGCACUUGAGCAGCAUAUAAAGAAUCUUCUUUCCCCAUCUACCCCCUUCUUUUUUAAUACUCUUUACGACCCUUACCAUGAAGGAGCAGAUUUUGUCCGUGGCUAUCCUUUCAGCCUCCGUGAAGGUGUGCCAACUGCUGUGUCUCAUGGCCUCUGGCUCAACAUUCCAGACUAUGAUGCUCCAACUCAGCUUGUCAAACCUCUUGAGAGAAACACAAGGUAUGUUGAUGCGGUUCUCACGGUGCCAAAGGGAACAUUAUUUCCCAUGUGUGGGAUGAAUCUGGCAUUCAACCGUGAGGUUAUUGGCCCUGCAAUGUACUUUGGACUUAUGGGUGAUGGGCAGCCUAUUGGCCGUUACGACGAUAUGUGGGCAGGAUGGUGUAUGAAGGUGAUCUGCGACCACUUGGGAUUGGGUGUCAAGACAGGCUUGCCCUACAUCUGGCACAGCAAGGCGAGCAAUCCAUUUGUGAACCUGAAAAAGGAGUACAAGGGCAUCUACUGGCAAGAAGAGCUGAUCCCCUUCUUCCAGACUGUGACCCUUCCGAAGGAGUGCACCACCGUCCAGAAAUGCUACCUUGAGCUCUCCAAGCAGGUGAAGGCAAAGCUCGGGAAGGUGGAUGACUAUUUCAACAAGCUCACCGAUGCCAUGGUCACAUGGAUCGAGGCCUGGGAUGAGCUCAACCCAUCUGUCAAUGCUGGCACUGCUGCGGCCAGAAAGCCAAAUGGCGCUGCUAAAUAGGAAACAUUGCCUGAAGAAUAAAAUACACAAAGGCCACGUUGCAUACAACAACAUUGUUGUUCUUCUUCGGUUAGAAUCAUUGGACUUUAGCCUAUCUAAAUACAGUUGUUUUCCAAUUUAGCUGUUGUCAAGUGUUUAGUAUUCUUGGUGAAUGCAAUGUUUUCCUAUAUUAAGAUUUCAUUUACGACAAUAAAGUUACUUUAAUGCCCAGUGGCUGGUUA